AUGCAGCAUCAAAACAGCAGCAGCAGCAGCAGCAGCAGCAGACAGCUGUGGCUCUCUCGUACAUUUGCCCCAUAUAUCCUUGUAGGGGGGACACAAACAGCAAAAAGAGAGGUAGCAUUAUUAACAGGUUUAUCCCUUGCUGGUCUUCUUAAUCCUUUUGGUGGUGAUGCCCUCUAUCGUCUGCAUGCAAAGGUUGCUGCAGCAGAGCAGCAGCAUUAUGGUAGGGCCCCCCGUGUUGGGGGCCCCUCCGCGGGGGCCCCCGUAGGGGGCCCCCGCGGACAGGGCCUAAGAGGGGCCCCAUUGGGGGCCCCCCAUCUAUUAGGAGAUGAGGAUGGGACAGGUGGUAGCAGCAGCAGGACAAGCAGCAGCAGCAGCAGCAGUAGUAGCAACAGCAGCAACAGCAGCAGCAGCAGUGGUAGUAUAAGUCGCCCUUUUUUUCAACAACAACAACAACAACAACAGCAGCAGCAGCAGCAGCAAAUACAGCAGCAGCAGCAGCAGCAGCAGCAGGAGCAGCAGCAGCAGCAGGAGGAGCAACCUCUACCUCUCCUGUGGUUCCCCUUCCUUCACCAUCAGCGUCAUCAUCAAGCCCAUCACCAUCAGGAGGGCCUCUGUUACCCCAACGACUACCAGGACAACGAGCAGGAGGAGGAGGAGCAGGAGGAGGAGGAGCAGCAGCAGGAGGAGGAGGAGCAGCAGCAGGAGCAGCAGGAGAAUAUCCAUGGUUUAUAG